AUGGAAACGGUGCCGGCUGGAUCAUCUGGUUUCAAAUACCCCAAAAGGGUGCUAUCACCAUCUUCGUCGCAGACGUCACUCUCAUCUGUCAAGAGCAGUUCAUCACAGUCCGUUGUGAGUUCUAUUCCCAAAUCUAUCCUCCAUGAGCACCCUUGUAUCCCAGCAUUAAUAGCUAUUGCGAAGGAAACCUACAGGCGACUCGCACUUCAGCAGCACGAUCCAGUAUCACCUCCCAUUCCCGAGAGGGCCGUCCGUUUAUUGUAUGUCCCUUUAUCACGCAAGCUAUAUGCCCCUCAUCAAAUAUACGAACAAGCGGUUUUGGACAAUAUGCAUACCCACGGGAGGGGCGGACCAGGGGGAAGGUACAUAAGGGAGAUAGUGAUGGAAAGAAAGUGGGAUAGAAAGAAGAAUAAGCAAGAUAAUGGCCUCAAGGUGCCAAUUUACGGCCCCUCGGAGCAGAAUCCUGGUUUUAUGUCCUUUAAGUGUAACCAUUGCAAGCUGCCAUCGCUUCCAGAUGGCGAUGACAUCAAGAAUAAUUUGCAAUAUCUCUACAGUAGUAUUGCUAAGUUGUAG